AUGUCAUUUCAACCUUUGGAUGUUGACGAUUUGGGCAACAGCGGGCCUGAGGAAGUUCCCGAGACCAAGAACUUUGCGCAGUUCCAAACCGUAGACUGGAUUCAGGAAAGCACACCACUGCGGCGCGCGGGCGAGAGGCAGGCUAACGAGGCCGGCAACGCUACUGAUGCCGGAGCGCCUGUCGCGCGCUGGCGCAGGUACCGCGAUUUGGCGUGGCGCCGAUGCCAGGAGAUAAUCACGCUCACGUGCAUUGCGGUUCUGCUGGGUCUGGUCGCGGGCUCGAUCCAGAUCGUCACUGAGACGCUUGUCAACUGGAAAUCUGGCCACUGUGCGCGGAAUUGGCUCCUGAACAAGUCUUUUUGCUGCGCGAGUGUAACCAGUACCGGGCGGGGGCCACUCUCGCGGCGCGAUGAGCUGCAGUGCAUCGAGGGCGGGACCUGGAUCGACCGUACCAACCCGUUUUUAGACUUUUCGCUGUUCCUGCUGCUAUCGGUGCUUUUUGCGACUGCAAGUACACUCAUGGUGCAGUAUCUGGCGCCGAUGGCCACGGGAUCAGGCAUUUCGGAGAUCAAGGUUUGGGUAUCAGGUUUCAAAUACAAGGACGAGUUUUUGAAUUUAACGACGUUGCUUGUCAAGAGCACUGCGCUGCCACUGGCCAUUUCUUCGGGUCUCAGUGUCGGCAAGGAGGGUCCCUCGGUUCACUAUGCAACUUGCUGCGGCUUCGUCGUCACUAACCUGCUGCUUAAGCGCGGCACUCGGUUUGCGGAGCAGGCUGAGUACUUAAUUGCUUCGGCAGCUGGUGGCGUCGCAAUCGCCUUCGGCGCACCAAUUGGCGGCGUUUUAUUUGCUUUAGAGGAGAUUUCUACAAGCUCAAAUUUCAACCUCUCCAUCCUGUGGAAGUGUUACUACGUGGCACUGGGCGCCGUGGCGACUUUGCAGUACAUGGACCCCUUCCGCAACGGCAAAAUCGUCAUGUUUGAAGUCACCUAUGAUAAUCAAUGGAAAUUCCAGGAAAUACCUAUUUUUCUUAUUUUGGGCGCUUUCGGCGGCGCUUAUGGGCUGCUAAUCAGUGCCUGGAACGUUCGCUUCGUUAAUUUUCGCAAGACUUACUUGCAGGAUUGGCGGACACAGGAAGUUAUUUUUCUUGCCUCCAUCACUGCGCUUGUUUCGUACUUUAAUGAGUUUCUGAGGCUGGACAUGGCAGAGAGUAUGGGCAUUCUGUUCCAUGAAUGUGUUGCGGGCGACGGAGAGUCUCUCCGGACCCACCGCAUAUGCCAGCUUGAUACUCAGACUCACGCCGGCUCUUUUCUACAGUUGCUGGCGGCCCUUCUAAUAGCUACUGUGGUGAGGUCCCUCCUCAUAGUUGUCUCAUAUGGUUGCAGCGUUCCCGCAGGUAUUUUCGUCCCAUCUAUGGCAGUUGGUGCAACGUUCGGGCGUGCGAUUAGUUUGCUGGUCGAAAAGUGGAUCACCGGUCCCGCUGUUAUUACACCAGGCACGUACGCUUUUCUGGGUGCUGCAGCCACUCUGAGCGGCAUUACCAACUUGACAUUAACCGUGGUUGUCAUAAUGGUUGAACUGACGGGCGCAUUCUCAUAUAUUAUCCCUUUGAUGAUAGCAGUUGCGGUAACGCAUUUGAUUUACAGCUUUUUCAGCUCGAAGGGAGGGAUAGCCGAUCAAAUGAUCAUCUUCAAUGGAUUUCCCUUAAUGGAGAACACCAAACAAGACAUUGACUGUCUAGAAGGAUGUAGCGCAGAAGACAUUAUGACAUGCAGGGUUGUUUCUGUUCCCGAAACGUUGCCACUUUUCCAACUGAAGGCCAUUGUUAGUGACGCCGACCACUUGAAGCAGCUUCUGGUGAUUGACAGUGAAACCCAUGCCUGCUUGGGGUAUGUGAAUACAUCCAUUUUAAGCAGUGAAUUAACGCAUGCACAAGACAGCCAACUGCCGAAAAGCACGCCAGUAAAUUUCAUUGAGUCCAAAGAUUGGCAGUGGGAAAAUGAAACAGAAGCGAUUAACCUUUGCCACUUGGUCAAUCAAUCACCAAUGUCCGUUUCGGCCAGGACGCCUCUCAGGCUUCUGCAUCAAAUAUUUUAUAAGCUGGGUUGUAAGCUGGCAGUUGUUGAAUCUCAGGGAUCUGUUCAGGGACUUAUUACAAAAAAAGACUUCUUGGAAUUCCAAAGGCUGAAGCAUAGACAGCUCCACGGCCCUCUCUACUCUUUUGAUUUGAAGUGGGAACAGAAGCUAUGGGAGACCAUAAAAACUGUCUUUAAGGUCACUUCGCGUUAA